CUCAAGAUGCUUGAAUGCUAAGCAAUAAAUCAUCGGAAUGCCUGAGAGAAUCGCUGCUCCAGCUGCUCAAGCGAUGCACCGCCGCGCGCGAUCUAGCACAGGGCCGGCUCCUCCACUCCCAGAUCGCAUCCAUCGGCCUGGAGCAGGACAAAUACCUCGCCAAUCUGCUGCUCCAGAUGUAUGGCAAAUGCGGCAGCGUGUGCGAUGCCGAGGAGCUCUUCUUCCGCAAAAUUCAUUCCAAGAACCGCUUCUCCUGGAGCAUUAUGAUCUCGAUCUACGCCCAGCAGCAGCAGCUCGAUGAUGCCAGGCACAUCUUCGAUGCAAUGCCGGAUGGAAUCCGCGACGUCGUGCACUGGAACACGAUCCUCACAGGCUACGCAAACAGCGCUUUCCUCUCGAUGGCCGUCGCUAGGGCUCUAUUCGAUCGAAUGCCCCAGUGGAGCGUGGUAUCUUGGACUGCGCUCAUCACAGUAUAUUCCCAGGGCGGGCAUCUCGCGUCAUCGAGGCACGCGUUCGAUUCCAUGCCAGAAAGAAACGUGGUAUCGUGGACGGCGAUUCUUGCGGCAUAUACCCAUCAUGGGCAUCUAGAGCAGGCACGGGGAAUAUUUUCCAGAAUGCCUCUGGUGGACCUCGUUGCGUGGAACUCUUUGCUUGCUGGAUAUUCCCAGGACGGGAAUAUUGCUGCCAUGCUGGAUUUGCUAAGCUCCAUGCCCGAGAAAGAUUCUUUUACGUGGAGUUCUCUAUUGGCAGGAUAUGCUCGGGCAGGGAAUCUUGAGAAGGCAAAGGAGAUCUUUGCUAAAGUUCCCGAUGUGACCUCUUGGACGGCUAUGAUCACCGCUCAUGCCCAAGCAUCGGAGAUCAACGGUGCUAAAAACUAUUUUGACAAGAUGCCCCAGCGAACAAAUGUCUCGUGGAAUGCCAUGUUAGCAGCAUUUGCCGAGGUAGGGGAUUUGGAAAGCGCAAAAGGUAUAUUCCACAAAAUGCCAGAUCUAAGCAUAGUGUCUUGGAACACAAUCCUUUCUGGAUUUGCCGUCCAGGGCUGUUUAGAAGAAUGUAAAGACAUCUUUGAAAAGAUGCCAGGGAAUAAUCUUGUGUCGUGGAACACUGUCUUAACCGCAUUUUCUUGCAAAGGGUAUUUGGAGGAAACGAGGCAAUACUUCGGUGCAUUGCCAGAACGAAACUUUAUAUCGUGGAACAUUCUCUUGGGCGCCUUUGCGGAGAAUGGCCAUGCAUUCCAAGCCUUGAACUUUCUCUCUGCGAUGAUCAUGGAGGGAUUUAUCCCCGACGCGCUGACAUUCAUGAGCGUUUUGGGGGCUUGUAUACACAUUGGAGUCUUGAUCCUGGCUCGGGAUCACUUCGUAUCCAUGACGUACGAUCACAGUAUAGUUGCGGAGAGGGAUCACUACGGCUGCAUUGUGGAUCUUCUCAGCCGCGCUGGGAAGCUUGACGAGGCGGAGGAGCUGAUCAAAGCAAUGCCCUUCUUGCCCGAUGCCACGGAAUGGGGAAUUCUCCUUGGAGCUUGCAAGAUCUACAGGGAUGUCGAUCGAGUGGAGCGAUUAGUGAAAUUCCUGCUCGAGUCUAAUCCCGACAGGCAUGGACCUUACGUCCUGGUAUCGACGACGAUUAGAAGCUCCAUAGCCCUAAUCUCCCGCGCCAAGAAUUUAAAUUCGAAUUUAGCAAAAGAUUCUAAGCCCAAAAGCUUUGACAGGAUUAGGGUUCUUGCGCGGCAAAGCUAUGGCGAGAGCGGCAACGAAGAGGGCUUUUGAUGCAGGGCUGGAGGCCGCCAUAACGGCUUACAAGUCUUCGGUGAAGAGAGGUGAGUACGGGCAGGGGCCUUUUACAGUAGCAUCUGGAAUCAGGGAGAACGUUUACAAGGAAAUUCGAUCGCGGGAAGAGGAUCCAUGGCGCUUGAGCUACAACAAGAGCACAUCCCAGGUGUUCUUGUAUGGCGAUCCCAGCCGAGCGCACGAGAGAGCCAGUCGAUGGUUUGAUGCCAAGAUCGGCGCGUAUGCCAUAGAGAAUGGUCUGGAGGAUGAAUUAGCCCAGUCUGGGGCGGCGACGGUGGAUCUUCCAGGCGUGAUCAAGGAGCCGGAUUUCAGUCUCUUGCUCGCUCGCGAUCAUCACUGCCCAGCACUGGUGGCCGAGGUGGCAUGCCACAACGAGAGCAUGGCAGCGCUGAGACGAUCGCUCCACGACUGGACUUGCCCAGGAUUUGCAGUCAUGGCUCUUGGUGUGUCGAUUUCUAGAGGAUCUGGCCAGGAGAGGAUCAAGACAGUGGUGCUCAAGAAGACAUGUUGGUCGAGUCUUAUUGAAGAGUUUGACAUCGUUGAUGAUUCACCUGAGCUAUCGAUUGCUGUGGACUUGGCUAGCUUGGGAGAUGGCAGCAUUCCAGCGCUAGAUGGGAAGGCUAUUACGUUUGAUCUUAAGUCUUUGCGGAAAACCAUCCUUGCAGCAACCAAUUAAAGAACAAGAGAGAACAUAGUCCUAGAUUAGAAUACGUUGCGAAUCAUUUUUUACGUUUUGUCCCGACGAGCUUUAGCUUUUAACACGCAAUUAUGCUUCCAACUA